AUGAAUGAAAUAAUAAUGAAAAAUGUUCCUGAUCUAAUAAACCUAUUCACUAGUCCAAUCAUCUAUAAUGAUUCUCUUGUAACCUCGGGACUGCUACCUCCUCGUGGAUCCAUUACAGGAGAUAAGAAACAAGCAAGUAAUCCAACAGUAUCCUUAUCAGCAGCAGGUAUUCGAGCAUUAAUUUAUCAACUUCAAUCAUUAUAUCUUCGUACUCCUGUCAAAUUAUUUCGACCGUCCAGAUUUGAUUAUCUUCGAUAUGUUAAAGCAUUAGCUAAUAAACAUGAUGAUAUUUCAAAUAAACCUUAUAGAUUUCGUACUCAUUCAUCUAUUGGAAUGAUCAUUAAUGUAUUACGUACAGAAGGAUGGAAAUUUAUACCUGAUCAAUUAUUACCUCCAUUAAUUGCAAAUUCAGCCACUGGGAUUAUAUUAUAUACUACUUAUUUAACAGUAUUGGAUCAUUAUACUAAAAGUCAUGUAGCUUUAAAUGGUAAGAAAAGAAAUGAUUUUAAUUGGUAUGCACCAUUUGAUACUUGGAGAGCAGGAUUUGUUGCUGGAACAGUACAAUCAUUGGCAGCAGCACCGGUAGAUGCAAUUUAUACAAGACUGACAGUACUGGAAAUGUUGGAAGGAAAUCAUGAUAAUUUAUGGAAAUUUGGAUUCAAUAAAUUAAAAGAAAUUGGAUUAGUUGGUGUAUUUGCAGGUUAUGGGUUUUCAUUAAUUAAAGAAAGUUUUGGAUUUGCAUUUUAUUUUUCUACUUUUGAAAUUGUUAAAACUCAAGGUUAUAAUUUAACUUAUAGAUUAAUCAUGUAUUAUAAAAAAAGUGAAGAAGCUAUUAAAAUGAAAUUACAAAAAUUAUUUAAAUGGGAUGAUGAUCAAGUUGAUGAAAAGUUGUUGAAAUUGGAAAGAUAUAAACUGAUGAAGAUUUUAAAAUCACUGUUUGUGUUAUUGGCUGGUGCAUCAGCAGCAUUUUCAUUAUUAGCUAUACAAUAUCCUAUUUCUAAAGUUCAAAAAAUUCAUUUGUCUAGAUUAGAAGCUUUAGAUGUUUAUAAUCAUUAUAAUGUGGCUAAAAAUUCUGGAAAUAGUAAACCUUUUUUCAAAUUAUAUUAUAAUUCAUAUGUGGAUACAUAUAAACAAGUUAUGAGGAUGAAAGAAAGAGCUAAUAUUACUUGGUUUGAAGCAGCAUAUUCUGGGUUUGUUAGAAAUGCAUUAACCACCAUCCCAGCUACUUCUAUUGCAUUAUUGGUGUUUGAAAUUAUGAGAACUAAAUUAGCAGAUAAUUUUGAAGAUUACAAUGAAGUAUUAGAAGCUUAA